AUGUCGAACGAGCAGUCGAACACUGUAAGGGGUCAGCGCGCCCAUGACAUCAUCGACUUUGGCAGCGCCCGAGACGAUUUCGAUGAGGGCCGCUACGAGACACCCCCUGAGCCAGAGCCCUGGACCGAAGUUGCCGUCGGGAGCGAUGAUGACCCCUCCGCCUACCAAGAGAUCUCUAUUGAGCAGAGCAGUGCAGAGAGUGAUGAGUCUGUCGAGACUGGCAACCGUCGUUUGAAUAUUGAGAUGCCCGGUACUGCUUUUAAGCUCUAUGGAGCUAGCGUCCUUGUCCUUCGCGUCGUCAGCGACGGACGACCCUACGGCCGCGUCCUGUACAAGAACAGCAUUAAGAAUCUUCUCGAUCGCCAUGUCGAAACUCGAACCUGCCGAGCUGGCUUCGCUUAA